AUGCCGGGAUCAACUAGCCGAGACUCGCAUCCUCGGUUGUCAUCCGCCGACAUCGUCGCGGUGUCGACCGAGAUGCGUCUACGACAACAAGGGCGAAAGAACCGCGCAGCGAAAGGCAAGGACGACACGGAUGACGCCAAGCGGGAGCUUGUCAUGGAAGAGCACAAACAGAGUCCAGCCGAGAUCUUCGCAGACCUGGGGUCCGACCCCGUGAACGGAAUGACCCAACACGAUGUUCAGGGUCGUCUGGAAUCGGAUGGUCUGAACCGGUUGACGCCCCCGAAGCAAACGCCAGAAAUUAUCAAGUACAUCCGGGAAUUGACGGGUCUAUUCAGUCUGCUGCUGUGGGUCGGUGGUGCUCUGUGUCUCAUCAUCUAUGGACUGCAGGGUGAUCCCAACAAUUUGUACCUUGGCAUCGUGCUGUUUUUGGUCGUGGUCAUUACUGGUACCUUUUCAUAUUUCCAGAACGCAAAGUCGUCAAACCUGAUGGAAUCAUUUAAGCAAAUGAUGCCUACAGUCACUACGGUGAUCCGAGAGGGCAAGUCUCAGAAGAUCGAGGCUUCGCAGCUGGUCCGAGGAGAUAUCAUCGUCCUGAAGGGCGGAGACAAGGUGCCUGCUGACAUUCGCGUGCUGGAAUGCUCUGAUGAUCUGACAGUGGACAACUCGUGCUUGACUGGCGAGCCGGAACCGCUGAAGCGUGUGCCUGACUGCACCGACGAAAGCCCUCUGGAAACCAAGAACUUGUGCUUUUUUGGCACUUUUAUCCCUCAAGGCUCCGGCAAGGGAGUCGUGGUUCGAGUGGGAGACAAGACGGUCAUGGGCCGUAUCGCUAAGUUAGCAACUACGACCGGACAGAGCAUGACGCCCAUUGCACGUGAGAUCAAUCACUUCGUCCACAUCAUUGCGGUGGUCGCCGUGGUCAUUGGUGUCAUCUUCUUCAUCAUUGGCAUCUUCCUCAAGACUGAUAUCGUCACGAACGUGGUGUUCAUGAUCGGUAUUAUCGUGGCGAAUGUCCCCGAAGGACUGCUGGCAACUGUGACGGUGUGUUUAAGUCUUGCUGCCAACCGGAUGGCGCACAAGUCGGUCCUUGUGAAGAACCUGGAAGGUGUCGAGACCCUGGGGUCCACGAGCUGCAUCUGCUCGGACAAGACAGGCACGCUGACGCAGAACGUCAUGACGGUAGCCCAUGUCGUCUACGACAACAAAAUCUUUGACGCCGAAUGCUCCAUCACUCCAGUGGGGAACUACGAUCUUAACGCUCCUUCGUUCAAAGCGCUGCAGCGGUGCGCGACGCUGUGUAACAACGCUGUGUUCGACGAAGAUUCGAAGUAUGAGAGAGCGGUUGGCCCCGAUGGUUUGGCUGCGCGUGGUAAACGAAAGCCAUUCAAGGAGACCGUGUCGAUGGGCAACGGACUGACCAUGGAGAAGGUGGCGUGGGACACCAUUGGAGAUGCGUCCGAGUCUGCAAUGAUCAAGUUCUGCCACGACAAGAAAGACAUCAUCGAAUUCCGCGAGGAAAACGCCAAGAUCAAGGAAGUUCCGUUCAACUCGAAGAACAAGUACCAGCUAUCUCUGCACAAACAAGACAACGACGACAGUAAACCAAUUUUAAUGGUGAUGAAGGGCGCACCUGAACGAAUUACUGCUCGCUGUGGAUCGGUGUUUAUUAACGGCGAGGAAGUCCCGAUGACUCCCGAACGUCUCGCUGAAGUGGAGGCUGCGCAGCUUGCUCUGUCCAAGAAGGGCAUGCGUGUGCUCGGAUUCGCGCAGAAGAUCCUGGACCCUGCCAUUUACCCGGCAGGCUACGAGUUCAGCACCGACAACCCGAACUUCCCUCUAGGCGAGAAGAAUGUUGACUACGAGGCGACGCCGAAGCCCGACCCGAAAGUGGAGGAACCCUUGUGCUUCAUUGGUUUGAUGGCGUUGAUUGACCCGCCACGUCCUGAGGUUCCGAUUGCCGUGGCGAAAUGCAAGACGGCUGGAAUCCGCGUGAUCAUGGUCACUGGUGACCACCCGAUCACUGCGAAGGCCAUUGCACACAAGGUCGGAAUUCUGUGGGGUCCCACUUGCGAAGACAUCGAAGAAGAGAACACUGAACGUGGUCUAACUGAAGGUGACAAUGGAUGGAUUGACCCGAACACUGCUCCAGCCAUUGUCGUUCCCGGGUGGACAAUAAGUUUGGACACCCCGCAAGAGGAGUGGGAUCGCAUCCUCGAUCACAGGCAGAUCGUGUUUGCGCGGACGUCUCCUCAGCAGAAGUUGAUCAUCGUAGAGAACUGCCAACGUCGAAAGGAGAUUGUCGCGGUGACUGGCGAUGGUGUCAAUGAUUCACCAGCUCUAAAGAAGGCUGACAUUGGUAUUGCUAUGGGUAUCAUGGGCUCUGCUGUGUCAAAGGAGGCGGCCGAUAUGAUUCUGCUGGAUGAUAACUUUGCCUCGAUCGUGUGCGGAGUUGAAGAAGGGCGAAUCAUCUUUGACAACCUCAAGAAGUCGAUCGCGUACGCUCUGGCUGCAAAUAUCCCAGAGCUGGUGCCGUUCCUGUUGUACGCUACAGUUCGCCUACCGCUGCCCCUUACUACUGUGCUGAUGCUUCUCAUUUGUCUGGGUACCGAUAUGAUUCCUUCGAUCGCCAUGGCGUAUGAAGGUGCCGAGAACGAUAUCAUGCUGCGUGCUCCUCGAAACGCUGAAUUGGAGCACUUGGUGACCAAGAAGCUGGUUUUCUUUGCAUACGCGUUGGUCGGCAUCAUCGAGGCUGGUGCUGGCAUGUUCACCUUCCUGGCUGUGAUGAACGACUACGGGUACGCACCGAAGGUUCUGCCUAACCUCGGCUUUUACGAUCGCUUUGGAAAGCAAGUCCUGUGGUGCCAGACGGAAGGUGGUCGCUACUGCACAGCCGGUGGCAAGUACAAGAAAGACGGUAAGCUAAUUCCUCUAGGCGCUAUCACAAGCAACGAGAAAGGUGUUCCUGACUGCCAAGACGAGUACGACGAUACCAUCCCAACCGGAGGUGACAUUUUUGACGCGCACAUCUUCUUCGAUGCGACCGGAGGUGGCAAGGUCAUUGAUUGUCAAUUUCCACUGCAGAAUCUCGACACCGAGUCGUCCAAGCCGGAAGGAUACGAGCGCACAGAUCCCACGACUUACGGGGACUACACUUCGACCCCCUUCGUCACCUUCCAGUCCAUGGAGUCCGCAUGGAAGAAUGAAUACCGACCGUACUACCCCAUGGCGUCACGACGCUCAUCAUUUUUCGACAUGGAGUGGUUUGACUACGAAACGACUCAGACUGGUCCCCCUGGCUUGGUGAACAGCAUUUCGCUGGAGAUCUUUAGUAGCUUCCAGCCUCUGUCAGUCUGGGCCAUUACAGACAGUGCGACGUUAGGGGGUGAGGUUUCAGCGCUCGGCGGAGCUCGUGAUGCCUUCGGGGAAACGGAGGUGACGGCUGUAGAUGCAUCCGGCAAGCUAACAACCACCAAGUUCACAUUGUCAGCCGACAAGUCGUACAAAGUGGGAAAGAGCUUCGAGAAAAUCAAAAAGGCUGAUGGUACAGCUCCAUGCAGUGGAAAGCAGUGUCUGCUGGACUACCAUGCUGGGUUCACUCGUCGUGACACAGACGGCAAGGCGUACGUGAACAUCAUGUCGCGCAUGAUGCAGUACAGCGCGCUGUCCAUUUCUCAGACAGCGUAUUUCGUUGCCGUCGUGGAGAUGCAGUGGGCCAACGUCAUGAUCUGCAAGACGCGCUAUCUGUCUAUCGUGUCGCAGGGAAUGAUGAACAGCGUGCUGAAUUUCGGUCUCAUGUUCGAGUUCAUGCUGAGCGCUGUUAUCGCGUACGCGGGCUUCACACACACUGUGCUCGACACGGAGAGCAUCCGCUUAGUGCACUGGUUCCCGGCACUGCCAUUCUCCAUGUUCCUCUUCUUGCUGGACGAAGGGCGCAAGUUCCUCAUGCGAUCUACAUCCCGUAGCGUCAUCCGUAAGGACACGGGUCAAAUGAUCCGCUAUCCGGGUUGGCUCGAGGUAAACACGUACUAUUAG